AUGGAAACGUUGACUGGAGAUAGCACUUAUACAUGGUGUCAGAAAAAAGAGACCAGUCCUAGGAGAUGUAUGGGAGUAUGGGGGGACUUUGAAGGUUAUUCAGAAGAAGAGGUACUGAGCCGGAUCAACACUCUAUAUGGAGUCACUAGACCAAAGAUAGUGGACAAACUGAGGGGAGAUGUGGGAGGAAUGGUGGCUGUAUUGAUAGAAAUGGAGAAGGAACCAGAUACCAGUUUAAUCCCACCAAUGAUGAUGGCUGAUGAGGAAACAGGAAAGAAAUGGAGUAUUGUAUGGCCGGUCAGGAAAGAGGAGGGAGUAAUGGAUACUCGUGUUUUAGGAGUCCCAGUAGCCUCAGGCAAGGGAAAUGGGGACACUAAUCUGACCGGAGGACAAUUUGAGACAAUACUGGAUAGAGUAGUAUCACAGUUAGAGCGAUGGCACUACGAAGGAAGCUAUCGGAGGCUAAGGAUCUUCUCGGGCAUUGUGCCUGUACCUACAGGAGAAGAAACUUAUGAAGACUGGAUGGAGGCUGCUGUGCAACAGGCUGAGGAGUGGCAGUGUCCUGAUCAAAUAAAACAUCAACGAGUUGUAGAGAGCUUAAGAGGGCCGGCCGUGGGGAUAGUCCAGGCGGCUAGACGGAGUAAUCCAAAUGCUACCCUGGAGACCUAUUUAGAUGCCUUAGAUUAUACUUAUGGCACCCUGGAAGAUGUGGUAGACCUUAAUUCCAGGCUAUACCACACUUUCCAAGAAUCUGGAGAGAAACUGAGCUCGUAUGUAAUAAGAGUAGAUAAAUUACUAUAUAAAAUUGUUGAUAAAGGAGGAAUAAGUAAGGAAGAAGUAGACAAGAGUCGUAUGAAACAACUUUUACGAGGAGCAUUGACAACAGAUUCGGUGGCACAAAAACUGAGAUGUUCUGGGGCAAAAGAACCCCCACCAACUUUUAAUGAGUUAUUGGAAGAAGUAAAGCAGGAGGAGGCACUCAUAGAGAUGAGGGAGCGGACCAUCAAAAAGGUUAAGGUAGUGCAAUCCACAACUGAGACUAAUUUAUUGGAAGAUAAAAUCCUAAAACUGAUAGAAGAACAGAAUAAAAAAUAG